AUGGGGUCGAAUGAUGAAACUCCCAAAACCCCUGCAGUUACUCUCUUCCGCAAUACCGCAAAGGCAUACAAUGUGCUCGACCACAUUGACUCGACGAUUCCUCGACCUACGGACAUUGAUGAUGGGCUGUGGGAACGUCUCGAUGCCAUUGUCCUGCAAUGGAUUUACGGUACUAUCUCUAAUGAUCUUCUCUAUAAGGUUCUUGAUGAAAAGGCUACGGCUUUGGUGGUUUGGAGUCGUCUACGUAACCUGUUUCACAACAACAAAGGCACACAUGUGGUGCAUCUUGAGAACCAGUUUAGCCAAACUCGCCUACAGGACUUCGCGACUCUCGACGAAUACUGUCAGGAUUUGCGCACAAUCUCUGUGCAGUUGGAUGCCAUUUGCCAUCCAAUCUCCGAAGAACGCUUGGUUCUUCAGCUUGUUGCUCGCCUCACCGAAGAAUACAAGACCAUUGCCACAAUUAUCCAGCAGACUGUUCCUCUCCCAUCCUUCGAGGAAGCAUGCUCUAGCCUUGACUUGGACAGGCGAAGCCGGGAACACUCCUUUCCCGACGGUGGGUCUUCUCCUGCCACGACACUUGUUGCUCAAACUGACAACCAACCAGCCGGUUAUUCUCACUCUCAUUCUCACAGUGGUAACAAGGGUGGUUGCGGGAACAAGAAUUACAAAGGCAAGAACAAAUGGAACAACUCCGGUAAUAAGGGUGGUGGUAAUGGCGGUUGGAACAAUCAGCACGGCGGUGGUAAUGGCGGCGGUAACAACCGCGGCACACAGCAGCAGCACCAGGUCGUCGUUAACCCUUGGGCACAAUAUUAG